CUCCCUCAGCCUGGGGGAACCCGAGGCGCAGAGGCUGAGAAUGAGGCGAUAGUGGAGGAUGGAGAGAUACAGCCUUGGAGACCCGAGGAAAAUGAGGCCGACGCCCCUGUUACAGCUGGCGCUGCUUCUUGCCCUGGCCAGGAGCCUGAGGGGGAAAGGGUGUCCGUCUCCGCCCUGCCGGUGCCGCCAGGAGGACGACUUCAGAGUCACCUGCAAGGAUAUCCACCGCAUCCCCAGCUUACCGCCCAGCACGCAGACCCUGAAAUUUAUAGAGACUCAUCUGAAAACCAUUCCCAGUCGUGCAUUUUCAGAUCUGCCCAAUAUUUCCAGAAUCUACUUAUCAAUAGAUGCAACUCUGCAGCGGCUGGAAUCACAUUCCUUCUACAAUUUGAGUAAAAUGACUCACAUAGAGAUUCGGAAUACCAGAAGCUUAACUUACAUAGACCCUGGUGCCCUAAAAGAACUCCCCCUUCUGAAGUUCCUUGGCAUUUUCAACACUGGACUUAGAGUAUUCCCAGACCUGACCAAAGUUUAUUCCACUGAUGUAUUCUUCAUACUUGAAAUUACAGACAACCCUUACAUGACUGCACUCCCUGUGAAUGCUUUUCAGGGCCUGUGCAAUGAAACCUUGACACUGAAGCUAUACAACAAUGGCUUUACUUCAGUCCAAGGACAUGCUUUCAAUGGGACAAAGCUGGAUGCUGUUUACCUGAACAAGAAUAAAUACCUGACAGUUAUUGACAAAGAUGCAUUUGGAGGCGUUUACAGUGGACCAACCUUGCUAGACAUCUCUUACACCAGCAUUGCUGCCCUGCCAUCCAAAGGCCUGGAACACCUGAAGGAACUGAUAGCCAGAAACACUUGGACUCUGAAGAAACUUCCUCUUUCCUUGAGUUUCCUUCACCUCACACGGGCUGACCUUUCUUAUCCGAGCCACUGCUGUGCUUUUAAGAAUCAGAAGAAAAUCAGAGGAAUCCUUGAGUCUUUAAUGUGUAACGAGAGCACUAUUCGGAGCCUGCGUCAGAGGAAGUCUGUGAAUGCUUUAAAUGGCCCCUUCUACCAAGAAUAUGAAGAGGAUCUGGGUGACAGCAGUGCUGGGUACAAGGAAAACUCCAAGUUCCAGGAUACCCACAGCAACUCUCAUUAUUAUGUCUUCUUUGAAGAACAAGAGGAUGAGAUCAUCGGUUUUGGCCAAGAGCUCAAAAACCCCCAGGAGGAGACCCUGCAGGCCUUUGACAGCUAUUACGACUACACCGUGUGUGGGGACAGCGAAGACAUGGUGUGCACUCCCAAGUCGGAUGAGUUCAACCCGUGCGAAGACAUAAUGGGCUACAAGUUCCUAAGAAUCGUAGUGUGGUUUGUUAGUCUGCUGGCUCUCCUGGGCAACGUCUUUGUCCUGGUCAUCCUCCUCACCAGCCACUACAAACUGACUGUCCCACGCUUUCUCAUGUGCAACUUGGCCUUCGCGGACUUCUGCAUGGGGAUGUAUCUGCUUCUCAUCGCCUCUGUGGACCUCUACACUCAGUCUGAGUACUAUAACCACGCCAUUGACUGGCAGACAGGCCCCGGGUGCAACACAGCUGGCUUCUUCACCGUCUUUGCCAGUGAGUUGUCGGUGUAUACACUGACGGUCAUCACCCUGGAGCGCUGGCACGCCAUCACCUUCGCCAUGCGCCUGGACCGGAAGAUCCGCCUCAGGCACGCCUGCGCCAUCAUGGUUGGGGGCUGGGUUUGCUGCUUCCUGCUCGCCCUGUUCCCUUUGGUGGGAAUAAGCAGCUAUGCGAAGGUCAGCAUCUGCCUGCCCAUGGACACUGAGACUCCGCUUGCCCUGGCCUAUAUUAUCCUUGUUUUGUUGCUCAACAUAGUUGCCUUUAUCAUCGUCUGCUGCUGUUACGUGAAGAUCUACAUCACAGUCCGAAAUCCCCAGUACAACCCAGGAGACAAAGACACCAAAAUUGCCAAAAGGAUGGCUGUAUUGAUCUUCACUGACUUCAUCUGCAUGGCCCCAAUCUCAUUCUACGCUCUGUCAGCACUUAUGAACAAGCCUCUCAUCACUGUGACCAACUCCAAAAUCCUGCUGGUUCUCUUCUAUCCACUUAACUCCUGUGCCAAUCCAUUCCUCUAUGCCAUUUUCACCAAAGCCUUCCAGAGGGAUGUAUUUAUCCUGCUCAGCAAGUUGGGCAUCUGUAAACGCAAGGCUCAGGUGUACCGGGGUCAGAGAGUUUCCCCAAAGAACGUCACUGGUAUUCAGGUCCAAAAGGUAACCCAGGACAGGAGGCAAAAUCUCCCCAACAUGCAGGAUGACUAUGAACUGCUUGAAAACUCGCAUCUAACCCCAAAUAAGUGGGACCAAAUCUCAAAAGGGUAUGAGCAAACAGCUUUGUAAGCUGACAGCAGUAGGGGACUUAGGCUAGUCUCCUGAACAUACACAUCCCAACCACUGACACACUCCGCACACAGCUGACCUAACCCUUCUGCAAGUCAUGUUCUAUGGGGCAAGAGUUCGUCUCUGGAGAGGGACUAGCAUUAAUCUAAUCAUCACCUCCAAGAAGGAAGAGGCCGUAUCAGCAUGUCUGAGCCCAGGUGAUAUCAAAGUAAUCUAUACUCUCUAGAAGAUUUGCUUGAUGCUAAGUGCAGAGAUGACAUCAUGUAAAAUGCUUAAUAAAUACCAACUGAGCUCAUGUUGGCAUUGAGCUUUCUCACUUUUAUAUAGCAUUUCAUACUAAAGAUUCAGCAAAUGGCAAAUGUUAUUAACUUGGUUGGUGACCAAAAGAUAAAAUGGGCCCCACAUUGGCUCAGUCCAAUUUCACGUUCCCUCAUGCAUCCA